AUGGCCGCCAAUGGAGGGGGAGGGGAGAAAGAAGAAAUUGAAUUUGGGUCAUGCAAAGUUUAUGCCAACCCAACCCACACUUCGUAUGAGGCUUUACAUUUUGUCUCAGGGGUUUCAACUACAUUCACUCUUAAAGUCUGUGCAAAUCCCUUUUUGGUAGGUCUCAAGAUAAUACAGUUAUAUAUGGAAGGUUAUCGGCAAGACUGGAAGCUUUCAUUUGAAACAGACACCGUGACAAGAGGUGGGUGGCAGCAAGGUGGAAUUAUAGUUGCAGGUCCUGGCAAAACUAACCUCUUAUUCAUUCACAAGGACAAAGAAGCUGGGGGUGAUCCUGAUAUCAAAGAUAUUCUGCAAGCUUGUUGCUCGUGA